GUCGGUGACAGUUAGAAGCAUGCUUUCCACUGCUCUCCCUGAUCCCGUCUGCCACCCAGGAUGUCUGUGAGCGAGAGCGCAGUGUUUGCCUAUGAGUCUUCCGUGCACAGCACCAACGUCCUGCUCAGCCUCAAUGACCAGCGGAAGAAGGAUGUGCUGUGCGACGUCACUGUCGUGGUGGAGGGCCAGCGGUUCCGAGCCCACCGCUCGGUGCUGGCUGCCUGCAGCAGCUACUUCCACUCGAGAAUCGUAGGCCAGGCCGAUGCUGGGCUCACCAUCACACUGCCUGAAGAGGUGACCGUUAAAGGAUUUGAACCUCUGAUUCAGUUUGCCUACACUGCCAAGCUCAUUCUAAGCAAAGACAACGUUGAUGAUGUGUGCAGGUGUGCAGAGUUCCUGAGCGUGCACAAUAUCGAGGAGUCCUGCUUCCACUUUCUCAAGUUUAAGUUUCUGGACUCUACCGCGGAGCAGCAAGAAUGUGCAAGGAAAAAAUGCUUCUCCCCCCACUGUCAGAAAGCAGACUUUAAAAUCUCACUUUCAGACCAGAAAGAUCUAGAAAUUGUUGAAGCAGAGGAGUACUUGGAAAAGAAAAAUAUUCAGGCCCCUCAGUGUGACCCCCAAAGGUGUCAGGGCAAUGUGAAAGCAUUGCCCUCCCUUCAAGACAGUGCCAGUCAGACGUGCCAGGCCAUGUACUUGGAGAAGGAUGGAGCCCUGGCAUUGCCAUCUUUGUGUCCCAAGUACAGAAAAUUCCAGAAAGCGUUUGGAACUGACAAGAUCCGUACUCUAGAAUGUGGCAUCAAAGAUGUCAAUGCUGCUUCUGUCCAACCGAACGAGACGUCUGAACUUGAGUGUUUAGGGGGGGCACAAGGCUGUGCAGAGUUACAAGUGAUUUUAAAAUGUGAAGGAGCGAAGCCAGCCAUGGAGAGUGAAGAGACAAAGCGCAGAGACCCCUCCCCUCAGUGUCCCGUGGCACAGACAGAAGCGGCUCCUGUCCCUCACAGUUCCUCAGACCCUCACGGGCUCUAUUCCCUGCCACUCUUACACGCGUACGACCAGUCGGGCGACGUGGCCUUUGCUGGAGUGCAAAGCAAAACAGUGAAAGCAGAGAAGCCUUUGUCAGCUCCAGAUGCCCAGGAAGAGAAACCGUUCGGUGAAAAUCAGGAUUUAUACCUGAAAUCUGAGACGGGCCCCAAAGAAGACAGCAGCAGCCUUGCUUCUGGUGAUCGGAGUAGCGUGGAGAGGGAGGUGGCCGAGCACCUGGCCAAAGGCUUCUGGAGUGACAUCUGCAGCACGGACUCCACUUGCCAAAUGCAGUUGUCACCUGCUGCGGCCAAAGAGGGCUCAGAACAGGGCUUCUCGCAAAGGCGGUCCGAGUGUCCUUGGUUGGGCAUCAGGAUCAGCGAGAGCCCAGAGCCAGGCCAGCGGACUUUCACAACUCUCAGUUCCGUCAACUGCCCCUUUAUAAGUACUCUGAGUUCCGAAGGCUGCUCGAGCAGUUUGGAAAUGGGAAACUACGAUUACGUGACGGAGCCGCCGCAGGAGCCUUGUCCCUACACUUGUGUGAUCAGCCUGGGCGAUGACUCUGAGACCGACACAGAAGGUGACAGUGAGUCCUGUUCUGCCCGGGAGCAGGAGUGUGAGGUAAAACUGCCAUUUAAUGCUCAGCGAAUAAUCUCGCUCUCACGGAAUGACUUCCAGUCCUUGUUGAAGAUGCACAAACUGACCCCAGAGCAGCUGGACUGUAUCCACGACAUCCGCAGGAGGAGUAAGAACAGAAUUGCCGCGCAGCGCUGUCGCAAGAGGAAACUGGACUGUAUUCAGAACCUUGAAUCAGAAAUCGAGAAGCUGCAAAGUGAAAAGGAGAGCCUGCUGAAGGAACGGGAUCUCAUUUUGUCAACGCUGGGUGAAACAAAGCAGAACCUGACGGGACUUUGCCAGCAAGUGUGCAAGGAAGCCGCUCUGAGUCAGGAGCAGAUUCAGAUCCUCGCCAAGUACUCGGCCUCAGACUGCCCUCUUUCUUUUCUAAUUUCGGAGAAAGGAAAAAGUACUCCCGAUGGUGAGCUUGCUUUUCCUUCAGUUCUCAGUGUGUCUGAUGGCCCACCCCGCUGUGGACCGGGAAGCAGCAAGGCAGGCCAGGAACCGGGGCAGGAGUCCCAGACAGCCGCGCCAACCACCGCAGCUGCCCUGGAGCAGGCCACACUGUUGGAACCCUGUCGGCAGAGUGGCGGGAUCUCAGACUUCUGCCAGCAGAUGACUGACAAGUGCACUACUGAGUGAACCGCGAGCGUCCUCCAGUCGUGGAUUUCCUACUGAAGUUUUGGCGUUGUCUUGAGAGCCGCGCAUGGCCGUGUUCUUCUUGCUUUCAGUAACCUUGCUUCCCCUGGUAGCUUUCUGGAGAGGGAAUUUCUCUUCUAAGGUGACCCUGAGUUCUCCUUGAUUUUCACAGGAUUUACCUCUUGGAUGCUGAAAAAUCACAUGUGAAAAUGUAGAGUAAUAAUCUCCCAGUGUUCAAAAUAACUAAGACAGUGGAAACAGCAGGGUCUGCUCCAACAGCUCGCAUCUGCACCCGGCCCUCCUGGCCUGCGGAAGCUCAGUAAUCUACCUUUUGACAGAAUACUGAUCAAAAAGAAAAGUUCUACCCAAGCAGUGCGGUGGCCAUCUACCCAGAAGGGACGUGUCAGCGCUGAGAGUGUUUGUGUAGAGCUGUCAUGUGGAAAAGAAAUCAUCUUCGAACUCUAACGCUCCUACCAAAGUCCAGCCCGGACUGGACCCAGUGACCUGAGGCUGCCCCGGCAGGACUUAGUGAAGGGCCACAGCGGCCUGAGCUGGAGGUCUCCCCUCCUCAAUAUUGACUAGAGUUUCUGGCUGCACAAACAGUAGGUAGUUGUCAUUUUCCCUGCUCUCUCCUUUGAUCCCGUCUGCAGUUCCUGCCAUGUCUAGGUCAGUCACAGACUUCCUGUUCCUUUCUUGUCCCUUGGAGGAAGAAAUGAGAGUUAGGCUGAGUGGCCUAAGUGUUCACAAGCUGGAGAGAACCACAGUUACCACGAAUCUGGAGACCACACUGCACGAGUCUUGUUGCCGAUCACCAAUGCCCAAGAGGGCGCUGGGAUGUGGGGGGUGUCUGCAUUGACCAGAGGUGCAGCUCGUUGGCAUCCUGAGGAAGAGCUGUGGUCUGUAAAGAGCCCUGUUGGAGCAAGCGUGGAGCCACAGCUCUGCUGGCCUUUGAAACCAUUAUGGGCUCGCACUUGAGAAGCAGAUUGAACCCUGUUAUCCCCGCCCACCGGUUUGGUAUGGUGUAAAGGCACAUGCAUCCCUUUGACUUGGACACGGACCAGUCAAUCUUGUGCUUAUUUUGAUGUUGGUAGAAAAUGAAUUUAUAAUAAUCUGAGCAUCUACCCCGUAACAUUUUGCAGUGAUUCUUGGUUGUUCUGGAAUCUCACACUCUAGACCUCAGCAGUAGACACAAAGCAUCGUAUAUACAAGUUCAAUAUCCCUAUUCAAGGAAUGUGAAAUGCCUUAAAAUUGGAAACGUUCUGAGUACCUAGCUGAUAGCAAAUGUGGGAUAAUCCAGUCCUGAGUUCAUGAGGUGGGCCACAGGCAAAAGAAAAUGUUCAAAAUCUUCUGAGAGCUUCUUUAGGAUACAUGUGUAAGGUACAUGGGAACUUCAUUAAGACUUUGGGGAGGGUCUUAUCUUCGAGCUAACUGUAGAAGCUUCUACAUUCUGUAGAAAUGGGGAAAAUCUGGAGUGUGAGGCACCUGUGGUCGCAAACACCUGUGAUAAGGGGUCUCUCAGGACUCUCCUGGGAGUGUUUGUAGAGUUGCGCUUAAAGGAGCGGUCGAUAGGAUGCCAUCUCUCCAAGUCAGGUCGCUGGACGAGACACUCAUCUUCACGGCAUGCUGAGUCCAGUGAAGAGUCUAGAGAGGGAAAGAGAGGGCGAGAGCAUGCCAGAGAGCCACCCUGCGUGCGGUAUCACGUCAGUAGGUACCUAGCUGGUGCUUGCCAUGAGAAGGUACGGGACCAGCAUCAGUAUGAUUAGUUGCCAUGAUGCCCUUCUCUCCUGGGUGCAGGGAGGGAGGAAGGAUAGUGUGUAUUUUAUCUUCGGAAGAGAAAAUGAAAUUGGAAUUAUCUUCUAGAAACUUUGAAAAGUCCACUCAGUUUGUCUGGAAGAGAAUGCUCACGGUGACAAAGCAUCCAUGUUACAAAGAGCUGUGUAUAUAUACAUAUAUAUGUCCCCACGCAGCUGUUUGAUACUUGUAAUUUUAGAUUUCAACAACGUAAAAUAAUAUGAAAACGUCUCUGGUUUACAAAGUAUAAAAUCUUCUACAAGCCAAUGGAGUCCUUGAUUUCCUACCUCACUGUACACUCGACUGUCUGCCAUCAGUGUGCACACAUCCAAUUUUUUUGCUUUAAAUGUAACUGUAAAUAUUUGCUUUGAAAAGUUACUUAGCAUUUUAUGAUAAGACCCAGUUCUCUCCUCAAGGUAAAGAUACUUUUUAAGACAGUUUAAAUUUCUUUCUACCUUUGAACGUUUAGCAUUAAGGGUUAAUUUUAAUGGUGUUUGGUAAUUGGCCAAGUGUAAUAGUUCUUAAAAUUUAGCAUUACUUUUAACAGCCAGCAUAUAAUACAAGUAACUACACUACCUCAUUCCUGUGUGAUUUUCGAGUUGUAUUGGAUGGACAGGAAAGAUUUUACCUUUGUCUUUUGGCCAUGACGUGGGUAAGUUGUCUGUAUAUUGCAUAGCAUUACACAUUUAUGCCAGUUUUAACGUGAACUUUUAAAGACUUUUUUUUUUAAGAAAAUUUGUUUUAAGGCAAUAUUUGGGGGGGAUGCUGAAGACAAAUGUUAGGAUCAUAUGUGUACACGUAUGCUUUGCUGAAGACAAAUAACAGGAUCAUAUGUGUACACGUAUGCUUUUUCCUUCAUGCAGAGUUUGGACGAUGUUUUUCAUUUGUUAUUUGAAUAUCCCUACAAUCAUUGCUCCUCGUUGUAUGAUCCAGCCUUCUCAAUGCCUGGUGAUUUAAGUUGUCAUGUCUGACUCAGUACAAUUAUGUCCUCUUAAAUCGUUGCCCCUUAUUUGAAUCCUAUAGCCGCAAGCACAUAAUUUGUUAAAUUCUUAUAUUCAGAGUAAAUAUGGAUAUAACAUUGGUUGUCCACCUGCAGGCAUUAUAACAAUUUACUGUAGCUUGAUGCUUAGCCAAUUUUAAGUUAGGAAUUCAACAUAAAUGAUGCGGGGAUAGUGGAGAUGGCAUGAGGACAUGCAUCCACGUUAACAGCUUGGGAAAGAAGAGACGCAGACGGUGAUGUCACAGUGAAUUCUCAGGUGAACCUUUCGGUUACAAAAACAUCUAUUUUGAAUUUGUAAAUAUUUUAACUGUUUUAUUAAGGCAUGUACUAAACUAUUCUUUGACACCUGUUGGGUAGAAUGAAAAUUUAAAGCCAUAAUGGUAAAAGAUGGCAUACUGAUUGUAAAAUAAACAAAUAAUAAUAUUGAUUUUUUGUAUCUUUCAUAAUAUAAUUUUUCUAACUGCAAUAAAACCACUGAACUUAUAUAUUCAUGUCCUAUUAAGCCCAUGUUUCAUUAGAAGUACACUUUAUAGUAUUUAAUUUACAUUUUCUUCCUAACAUGCUUGUUUGUGUGUCAGAUAUAAGUAGUAGAUGCUGAUGGUAGAUGAACAGUUCAAUAAAGUUUCUAAUACUGCCUUUAAA